CUUUUGAUUUCAUUUGCUAAACUUUGUCUCCUCCUUGUACAUACCAUGCCUAGGUCAAAACGCUCAAAACUCGUUUCGCUCACAAAAGUAUCGAAAAAGACGAGGGAGCACAAAAAUGCUCUCCUGGCCGAGGUACAACAAAAUGCUGAGAAAUGGAAAUACUGCUGGCUGUUCGAAGUCGGCGCAAUGCGCAAUGCGCAUCUAAAAACUGUACGGAAUCUAUGGAAGGAUUCAGCACGGAUAUUUUUCGGUCGAGGAGCAGUGAUGGCAAAAGCCCUGGGCGCAACAGUAGAAGAGGAGCACCGGAUGGGACUACACAAACUCGCACAACAAAUAAAAGGCCAGGUAGGCUUGCUUUUCACAGACUCCGAACCUCAAGAAGUCACGCAAUGGUUUGACGACUUCAAACAAGCGGAUUAUGCGCGAGCAGGAAACAUCGCCACGCGGACGGUGAUACUACCUGCAGGACCCGUGAUGCGGGCGCAUUCUGACCCGCCCGAACCAUUCCCGCAUAAUGAGGACCCACAGCUCCGAAAGCUGGGUCUUACGACGACGAUGAAGCGUGGUGUACCAACACUUGAAAGCCCUCAUCGGGUAUGUGACAAGGGGAGGGCCUUGACGAGCGAGCAGGCACAGUUGCUAAAACUUAUCGGUGAGAAGAUGGUGGUGUUUAGGAUUGGGCUGUUGGCGCGGUGGGAUGCUGCCAGCGGGGAGGUAGUCCAGGUUGAGGACAAGGAGGGAGGAUGUAAGGAGAUAGAACUGGAGGAGGAGGAAGAGAUGAGCGAGUAGGUUUUCGAUCGAGCGCUCUACCGUGUAUACCUUUUGACUUGAUUAGGCAUGAGGAUGUAUAAGGAUUGCUCUUCGACAAUAAGAGAAGAACAUCAUUAUCAUCAGCUCUGACUUUUAAAUUUUCUUACCCAAUUCAACGCCAAGAUAUACACGCUGAUAAUCGAUUGAAUAGCGCUUCGUGGC